GAGGGAGGGACACCUGAGAGGGGCGUCGGCUUCAGUCUCACCUGCACCUACAAGUGGACUCUAUGAGGACGCUCAUCGACAGAACGACACUCAGAGACAGAGAGACGGACAGAAUGGCCUCUACAUGGAUUGCAGAGAAAAUGGGAGACAUGGUAGAGGAUGCAGUGAAGAAGGCUCUCGGAAAGGAGGACAAGGACAAGGAAAAAGACAAAGGAGGGAUAAUCUCCAAGAUCUUUAAUAGAGACGACGACAAGAAGAAGAAGAAGAGCGAGGACAAAGACAAGAAGGAAGGCUUCUUCUCAAAGAUGUUCGACAGAGACGCCGGUGAGGACAAGAAGAAGGAGAGUAAAUCUGGGUUCUCUGGUCUCUUCAGUGAGAUGGAGGGAGCUACGUCUGCAGGAGGCCACGACGGAGACAACAUGGGCGGAGGAAUGACACCUCAAACCGUACAAAUAAAUGAUGGAGAUUUGUUAAAUGAUCUGAUGGAAGUGGCCGAAGAAACGUCAAGAGAGAAUUGAAGACAUCCUGACCUCUGAAAACAUAUAAACAUAUAGAUACAUAUAUUUCUACAUAUAGUUAUGUAUAUUUCACAUUUAUUGCUUAUUAUUUCUCUUAAAGAACCUCUUCCUGCUUCAGAGUCCGGAGGCAGAGAAACGUAAGAUGAAGUUUGUGAAUAACGUGAAAGGGACGGUUCAACAUGACGCAAUCUAUUAAAUCAGAUUUAAUGUCACAGAGGAUUCAACGGACAUUGUGUCUGUGGUUUGGUGUCUCCAGAGGAUAUCCAGGAAUAAUAGAGAUUAGCCUUAGCUUAGCAUAAAAGCAGGUGGAAGUGGCUAGCCUGGGUGUGUUCAUGUGUGAAGGUUUCUAGUAAAGAACUAAACUGUUCCUUAAGUUACCAAUGCUAGGUGAGCUAACAGCUACACACUGUUAGCAUCACUCAGGAUAUUUAUUGAUUGGUUAACUUUGUCUUCAUGAGACUACGGCUCAUGUUGGAUCUAUUAGCUGGUCAAUGUCUUAUGAUACUGUGAGCAUCAUAUUUUGUUGCAUUUUGUGUGUGUGUUUUAUGUUAAUGAGGCAAAAACAUUUGAAAUAUAACAGUAAAGGAUGAAUAUGUUCUGAGUAAUACCUGCGUUUUUAGGAACGUCAGCUUAAGCAGUAAAUUGAUGGUCUGGGGGUAAAUUAACUUAAAUGAAAUUGUAC